UCAGACCUCCAGCACUUUGCCAUCGCACGCCUGGGAUUCUCCAGCAGAACAAAGUUCCGGGCAAACCCUCGCCACCCCGGUGGGUGAGGGCACCGCGCCGCCUCCCACUGGGACAUGGAGCUCCUGUCGCCUCCACUCCGAGAUGUGGACUUGACGGGCCCCGACGGCUCCCUCUGCUCCUUUGCCACAGCGGACGACUUCUAUGAUGACCCGUGUUUCGACUCCUCGGAUCUGCGCUUCUUCGAGGACCUGGAUCCGCGCCUGGUGCACGUGGGCGCACUCCUGAAGCCCGAGGAGCACUCGCAUUUCCCGGCAGCAGUGCACCCGGUCCCGAGCACGCGCGAGGACGAGCAUGUGCGCGCGCCCAGCGGCCACCACCAGGCCGGCCGCUGCCUGCUGUGGGCCUGCAAGGCGUGCAAGCGCAAGACCACCAACGCCGACCGCCGCAAAGCCGCCACUAUGCGUGAGCGGCGCCGCUUGAGCAAAGUGAACGAGGCCUUUGAGACGCUCAAGCGCUGCACGUCCAGCAAUCCCAAUCAGCGGCUGCCCAAGGUGGAGAUCCUGCGCAACGCCAUCCGCUACAUCGAGGGCCUGCAGGCUCUGCUGCGCGACCAAGACGCCGCGGCCCCUGGAGCCACCGCCUUCUACGCGCCCGGCCCGCUGCCCCCGGGUCGCGGUGGCGAGCACUACAGUGGCGACUCCGACGCAUCCAGCCCUCGCUCCAACUGCUCCGACGGCAUGAUGGACUACAGCGGUCCCCAGAGCGGUGCCCGGCGGCGGAACUGCUACGAAGGUGCCUACUACAGCGAGGCGCCCAGUGAAGCCAGGCCCGGAAAGAGCGCCGCCGUGUCCAGCCUUGACUGCCUGUCCAGCAUCGUGGAGCGCAUUUCCACCGAGAGUCCCACCGCGCCUGCGCUCCUGCUGACCGACGCACCGCCAGAGUCGCCUCCUUGCCAGCCAGCGGCGGCCGCCCCAACCGAGGCCGAGCGCGGAGCCCCCAGCCCGGCCCCGGACGCAGCCCCUCAGGGCUCUGCAGGCGCAGACCCCAACCCGAUCUAUCAGGUGCUCUGAAGGGGGCGGGCGGUCGCAUGAGAGGGCGCCGCUCCCACCAGCUGUUCCCAAAAGAUUGAGCUUCAUUAUCCCAGUCCAGCCGCGCUUCAAAAGCGACCCUCCCUCGCCCUCCACCUCACACCCGGUGGGCGAGGCGGGAGAAUGCAGGUGCGUUGCGGCUCCCCCACCCGCCCCCAGGGCAAACCCACGGUCCUUGUUUUCCCCGCCGCACGUGCCAAGGGCCGCUGGGUGAUAGCUGAGAGCCGGAACCAAUCCUUGAGCAACCUGGUGCGUCUUCUUCCUCUCCGACUCGCCCUUGGAGGGGGUUGGACCAGAGGAGGUGAGAAGGAGGUCCCGGCGGAUCUAAGCCGGGCCCCGCCCUCGCGACGCCCUUUCCAACUCCUUCAAUCACACCUGCGGGGUGAGCGCCAGUCCCGAAGGUAACAGGUGUAACAGUCAGUCACUCCACUCCCACUCCACCUCGCCCCCUCCCCCGGUUCAGGACCACUUUUUAUAAUAUUUUGUAAUCUAUUUCUGUAAAUAAGAGUUGCUUUGCCCCAGAGCAAGAGCCCCGAGGGCUGUAUUUAUCUCUGAGGUGU